CGGGCGCCGCCGGCCCGACCCGCUCCGCUCCCGGGCGCCGUGAGCGGCGGUGCAUCAACUCAUCCAUCGUCCUCCGCCUGCCCUGGCCCUGGCCCCGGCCCGGCCCGCCCGUGCGCCCCAGCGCAGGCGCUCGCUUGUUAGCAAAGCUCCACACGGGACAGAUGGGGAACGUGGUUUUUUUAAUCAGCUUUGCCGAGCGCUGAGAGGAGCAGGCGGCGUGAGGUGGGCGGCGGGAUCCUUGCUGUCACCCACGUGCAUUUCGCUGGCCAGAAAACAUAGAGGUCCCUUGCGACGGAGCCCUUGCACGAGCGUUUUGAGGAUGAAAUGCUACAUAAACUCUUAAAGCACACCACCUGAGGACAUUGCUACCGACAUGGACAUCAUUAUUAUUUACAAAUGCUUUAAUCAGGAGGAGCUUUUUGUAAACAUGAAUUGCUGGGCUCUUUCCUUGAGGUGUCGUUUCUUGUUUCAUGCUAUUGAAACAUUAAUCUUAACUUAUUAUGACUCCUUUGUGUUGGUCAGCUCUCAGGGACAUUUCCCUAGGCUUGAAAAUGUGGGAGCUUUCAAGAACGUGUCAAUUGUGCCAACUCAAGCCACUUGUGGGCUGCCAGACCGAAGUACUUUUUGUCAUAGCUCAGUAGCUGUUCAAAGUAUUAAUAUCUGCACCCAGAGGUUUUGUGUUCAGGAAUGUCCAUACAGGUCAUCCCCUUCAUCCUACAAACCACUUCUUUCAGAAGGCCUUGGUACCUGCAUCACAGAGGACAAAAGAGACUUGCAUCCAGGGUCUUUCAGCAAUGCUUCCAGUUUUAUUUUUCAUAAUCACAAGGAUUGCUUUUCUUCUCCCCGUUUUCCAAGGCUUGCAGCUUCAUUUACGUUAACUGUAUGGUUGAAACCUGAGCAAGAAGGUGUAAUGUGUGUGAUAGAAAAGGCUAUUGAUGGGCAGACUGUGUUCAAACUCACAAUCUCUGAGAAAGAGACCAUGUUUUAUUAUCGCACAGUAAAUGGUUUGCAGCCACCAAUAAAUAAUGACACUGGGAGAAUUCUUGUGAAGAAAUGGAUUCAUCUUAGUGUGCAGGUGCAUCACAGCCGAAUUAGUUUCUUCUUGAAUGGCUGGGAAGAUGACAACACACCUUUUGAUUCAAGGAUUCUUAAGGGAACAGUUGCAGAUAAUGAUGCUGAUGGUACUCUGCAAAUUGGACAAAGCUUCACAGGUUUAGAGCAAUUUGUUGGAAGAAUGCAAGAUUUUCGAUUUUACCCAGUGGCACUUACAAACAGAGACAUUUUGGAAGUAUUCUCUGGAAAAUUCCCUCAUCUUCAUACCCAGUCUGAGUGCCGCUGUCCUGGAAGUCAUCCCCGAGUGCACCCAUUGAUACAGAGGUACUGCAUCCCCAAUGGUGCAGAUGAUACCACUAACGACAGAGUGCUGAGGUUGGAUGCAGAAGCCCAUCCUCUGUAUUACAUCAAUGAUGAUGACAUUGGGACCACUUGGAUUUCGUCUGUGUUUGCUAAUACUGCAGGUCUGGAUCGUGGUGUUUCAAUCACAAUAGAUUUGCAAAAUGGACAGUAUCAGGUAUUCUAUAUUAUACUGCAGUUCUUUAGCCCACACCCUGAAGCAGUAAGAAUAGAAAGAAAAAAAAGAGAUGAUCUAAAAUGGGAAGACUGGCAAUAUUUUGCUAGAAAUUGCAGUAUUUUUGGAAUGGAAAACAAUGGAUCUCUGGAAAAACCAGACUCUGUCAACUGUCUCCAGCUUCAUAGCUUUACACCGUAUUCUCGUGGUAAUCUGACUUUUAGUGUUCUUACCCCGGAACCAAAUCACCGACCUGGUUACAAUGAUUUUUAUAAUACUCCAUCUCUCCAAGAAUUUGUAAAAGCUACACAAGUGAGGAUUCAUCUCCGUGGCCAGUAUCAUACCAAUGAACCUUGGGUAAAUUUCAGGCACAGGUACUACGGAGUUAAUGAAGUUACAGUCAGUGGAAGAUGUAAUUGCCAUGGCCAUGCUGAAAAUUGUGACACAGCUGUGAAACCGUAUAGGUGCCUAUGCGUCAAGGAAAGCUAUACAGAAGGAAAUAAUUGUGAUCGCUGCUUGCCAUUAUACAAUGACAAGCCUUUUCGUCCAGGUGACCAAGUUCAUGCUUAUAAUUGCAAACCGUGUCAGUGUUACAGCCAUGCAGUGAGCUGCCACUAUGACUUAGCAGUGGAUCCUUUUCCUCAGGAACGCUACAGAGGCGGUGGUGGAGUGUGUGAUAACUGUCAGCACAACACAGCUGGAAGGAACUGUGAGCUGUGCAAGGAUUUCCAUUACAGACAAGCAGGUGCAGAUCUUUCAGCCACUGAUGUUUGCAAACCCUGUGACUGUUAUGCAACAGGCACCAAAAAUCAGAGCCUCCUGUGUGAUAAUAUUGGAGGCCAGUGUAAUUGUAAGAGACAUGUGUCUGGCAGACAAUGCAAUCAGUGCCAGGAAGGAUUCUACAAUCUGCAACAGUCAAACCCUGAUGGCUGCAGUCCCUGUAACUGUAAUACCUCUGGGACAGUCAAUGGAGAUAUUACCUGUCACCAAAAUUCAGGACAGUGCAAGUGCAAAGCAAAUGUUAUUGGUCUUAGGUGUGAUAGUUGCAAUUUUGGAUUUAAAGCUCUCAGAUAUGCUAAUGAAGAUGGAUGUGAGCCUUGUUGGUGCAACAGCCACGGCUCAGUGAACCAAUUCUGCAACCCUCUCUCCGGGCAGUGCAAUUGUAAAGAACGAGUGAGAGGGCUUCACUGUGACACCUGCAUGGACAACUUUUAUGGACUGGAUGUAACUGGUUGUAAGGCUUGUGAAUGUAAUGCUGCAGGGUCAUUUUCUGGAACUGUGUGCGAUGCAACGACAGGGCAGUGUGCAUGUAAACCAAAUAUUGGAGGAAGACAGUGCGACCAAUGCCUGGAUGGCUACCGCAAAGUACAGAAGAAUCAUUCCUUUGUUUGUCUGCCGUGUAACUGUGAUAAGGCAGGUACAGUGAAUGGCUCUCUGCUUUGUGACAAAUCAACAGGACAGUGUCCUUGCAAAGCUGGUGUAACUGGCCUUCAGUGCAGUCAGUGCAUGCUUCAUACGUACAACCUCAGCAUGAGCAACCUCCUCGGCUGCCAGCGUUGUGACUGUGACGCUCUGGGCACAUUGGCAGGAACAGUUUGUGACCCCGUUUCUGGACAGUGUGUCUGUUUGCCUCAGCGCCAGGGGAGAAGGUGUAAUGAGUGUAAACCAGGUUUUUAUUUUUCUCCAUCCAGUGUCACUGGCUGUCUGCCAUGCCUGUGCCACAUAGCUGGUUCAGUGAAUCAGAUCUGUGAUAAACUAACUGGCCAAUGUAGUUGCCAAGAUGCCUCUGUAACAGGACAGACGUGCGAACGUUGCAAAGAACUUUAUUUUGGAUUUGACUCUGAAACAGGGAGAUGUCAGCACUGUAAUUGUCAUCCUGCAGGAGCCAUUAGUGGGACUUGUCAUCUUGUUACUGGACAGUGUGUUUGUAAACAAUUUGUAACUGGCUUGAAAUGUGACAACUGUGUUCCUGAUGCUAGUAAUUUGGAUGUCCACAACCUAUUUGGCUGCAGUAAAACUCCUUUCCAGCAACCUCCUCCUACAGGAGAAGUUCUCAAUUCCUCUGUUAUCAGUCUUUCAUGGAGUUCCCCUGACUCUCCAAAUUCUAACAGGCUUAUUUACCAGCUGUAUAGGGAUGAGGAAGAAAUUUAUACAACUGAAGACUACUAUCCUUAUAGUGUUCAGACCUUCACGGAUACUGUGUUAGCUCCAUAUACCUUCUAUUCCUAUUACAUCCAAGCCAGCAACGUUCAUGGUUUUACAAGAAGUGCCUCAGUGACAUACAGAACAAAAUCUGGGACACCUAUAGGAAGCUUAGAUUUAAAUCCCGUUUUUCCUGUCAGUCACCACUCUGUUUUACUUUACUGGACAAGUGUCUCCAAUGACUCUGGACCCAUAGAGAAAUACAUUUUGACAUGUACUAGCUCGGUUGAUCUUCAGCCUUGUGGCCAGUAUGAAGGCUUAAAGACCUCAGCAAUUAUUUGGAAUCUCAUUCCAUUUACGAAGUAUGUUUUUUCUGUGCAAGCUUGUACUAGUGGAGGCUGCUUAAAGAGCCAGCCAGUAACUGUAGUUACUGCACAAGCUCCUCCAGAAGGGCUACACGCACCGGUGGUAAAAACUAUCAGCGCUACAGAACUGGCUGUGGAAUGGUCACCACCUGAGAAACCAAACGGUAUAAUUAUAAGAUAUGAACUUUACAUGAGAAAAAAAUUAAAACCAGCUGGGAACUUUCUUCCCCCUGAAAUUCGUAUUUUCCAAAGCAGUGGAUGGCUCAGUCCUCAACCAGUUGUGGAGUCUCCUAAUGAAAAUGCUCUGGCUCCACCGCAAACCAGUACCACAGUCAUUGAUCUGGAACCAUUUACAGAGUAUGAAUUUUAUGUGGUAGCAGUAAACAUGGCAGGUAGCAUAUCUUCAGACUGGAUAUCAGGACAAACAGGAGAGGCUGCCCCAGCAUUCAUGCCAUCUCCAUCAGUAUUCCCUCUUUCACCAUAUUCCCUCAAUGUGUCAUGGGAAAAACCAGAAGAUAAUUUAGCAAGAGGAGAAGUGAUGGGUUACAGCAUCAGUUUAAUGAUUGAACAAAGGUCCUUGCCACCAUUUUCCCAGGUUUUGCAUAUAGCUGAGGCUCAUGAGCUCUCCUAUGUAGCAACGGGAUUAAAACCUUACAGGACGUACAACUUUACUGUUACUCUCUGCAAUCAAAUUGGUUGUGUAACCAGUGAGCCAGGCAUGGGGCAAACCUUGGCAGCUGCUCCAAGAAAACUUAAUGCCCCUCGUGUUGAAGGAAUAAACAGCACAACGGUAAAGAUAUAUUGGGAUGAACCUGAAGAGCUUAAUGGGCCUUCUCCCAUCUACCAAGUGGAAAGGAUGGAUUCAUCUUUGGCUACGUUUAGCACAGAAGUAAUGAAAGGGAUCCGUUUCCCCGGAAAUGGGUAUUACAGAUUUGCUAGUUCCACUCUCCCCACCAAUACUUACUUUACAGGUAAAUGA